AUGUGGCGUUUCGAGCUGUUUAUUUUACUUAAUGCGUUAUGUUAUGUUACUUGUUCAUACAUUAUCGUAGACACGCCAGUGGGAAGUGUAAGUGGAGUCAAAGCGUCUGAUGGUGAUUACUAUGCUUUUUUCGGAAUACCCUAUGGAGUCGUUAAUCGAUCUAAUUUAUUCGGAGUAGCAGAGCGGCAUCCGAAAUUCGAUGAAGUUUUUGAAGCAGUCGACGAUUCAAUAUUUUGUCCCCAGAUUCUAAACCAAAUACCUCAAGGUUCAAUUGAUUGCCUACAACUGAACAUUUUUGUACCAACAAAAGCAAAUAAUAUCCAUCGGCUGCCGGUAAUGGUACAUAUCCAUGGCGGUAGUUUCUUCGGUGGGUCCAAAUCUACCAACACCUAUGGACCAAAAUAUUUAGUACGACAUGAUGUAAUUUUAGUAGUGAUAAACUAUAGAUUAGGACCAUAUGGAUUUAUGUGCUUAGAUAUCCCUGAAGUGCCAGGCAACCAAGGACUUAAAGACCAAGUGUUAGCUUUGAGAUGGAUCAGAGAAAACAUUGAAUCAUUUGGAGGUGAUAUAACUAAAAUCACUGUAUUUGGAGUAAGCGCCGGUGGGCAUUCAAUUGAGUUUCACCUCCUAUCUGUCAAUGAAAAUCUUUUUAGCAAUGCAAUUAUACAAAGUGGGAGUGCAGAAGCGGCUACAGUUUUUACUGAUCACGAUAAAGUGGCUCCGCUAAGAAUAGCAGAAGAACUAUCUUAUAACGCCAAUUCUUUAACAGAUGCAAUUAAUUACCUUUCAACUCUAGAGCCAAAUUUAGUUAUUCAAGCAUCGAAUGAUCUAUCUAUAACUUACAAGCCUUGUACUGAACAAAUAUUUGAGGAUGUUUCUCCCUUUUUAACAAGAUAUUGGGUAAAUGCAAAUAUUCAAAAAGUCAAAGAUAUGCCGAUUAUUAUAGGAUUUUGCGAACAUGAACUUCUUAUGGCUAACAUAAAUUCCUUAAGUUCAGACUUUUCAAUAAUCAUUAUGAAUAGACUCCUGAAUAAGUUUAAUUUUAAUGACGAAAGAUUAAAUGAAUCUGUAAGUGAUAUUCAAGAUUUCUAUUUGGGUAAUGAAAAUUUGAAAUCAGCCUCUAUACCAAUUGCGGCAUUUUUUGAUUCUGAUUUUACUUACAUUUAUCCAAUACAAAGAAGUAUAAAGAAAUUCAUACAAGGAAAAUCAAAGAGUGUAUACCAAUACAUGUUCUCAUAUAAUGGUGGAAGGAAUAGUGCUAAAUUUGCUGGUAAUGUCACUGCUGGCAGCGCUGUUCACUCCGAUGAUAUUGGAUAUCUAUUUGAUGUCAAUUACUUGGCAGAGAAACAAUCUCCCGAAGAUUUAUUAAUUUUAGAUCGUGUCACGACAAUGUGGACUAACUUUGCUAAAUAUGGAGACCCCUCACCUGAAAUCACAGAUCUGUUGACUACAGAAUGGUUACCGAUUUCAAACGAAUCAGAGUAUUUUCACAUAGACUCCACAUUAAAAAUGGAAGAAAGACCUCUACGAGACAGAAUGGAUUUCUGGGAUGACUUCUAUAUCAAAAAUUAUAUGUUCCUAAAAGGUUAUAAUGAAGAAUAA